AAGGUGGGGCGAAAAGUUGAAUGUUUCUGUCGGCGAAAGCGUUUAGAAGUGGGACAAGAAUGAAGUUACUCUGAACAAGUGAACGUGAACUGAAACGACGGGCUACAGUUCGCUUUCUGCACCGGUUUAUCUUAAUUAAGGAGAUUAACUUUUUGCAAUAUUAUAUUUGAUGUAAUUUGUUUGCACAAUCUUUUACAUUGGCCGUGAAGUUGGACUCAUUGAGCGCAUCUGGACUGCGGCAGUUGCGUCACUGGAGAUAUUUUACUUCCUUGACAUAGAACUUUAUGAUCGUGACUCGUCCGCUGUCGUGACUAGCAGAAUGUCUCUCAAAUGAGUCUCAAGCCACCGCUAAUUAACUUGACCUCAACACGACUCUGUGAAUAGGUAUGAGCGGUUGUUCGCUCUGAUGGUGACAGUCAAAUAGCAUCAGUGAGAGGGUCCCACUUCCUCAGUAUGGCCGAGGUCCAGGCUCCAUGGCCACCAGGCACUGAGUGUGUGGCCAGAUAUACCUUUAAAGGCACUUCAGAACAGGACCUGCCCUUCAACAGAGGCGAUGUGCUGACUAUUAUAGUGGUUACAAAGGACCCAAACUGGUAUAAAGCUAAAAAUGCGGCUGGCCGGGAAGGAACCAUUCCAGCAAAUUAUGUUCAGAAAAGAGAAGGAGUGAGAUCGGGGUGCAAACUCAGUCUCAUGCCAUGGUUUCAUGGGAAAAUAACUCGAGACCAGGCUGAGAGGCUGCUUCACCCACCAGAGACGGGCCUCUUUUUGGUACGAGAGAGCACCAACUUCCCUGGGGACUACACCCUGUGUGUGAGCUGCGACGGCAAAGUGGAGCACUACCGCAUCAUCUACAAAAAUGGCAAACUAACUAUAGAUGAAGAGGGCUUCUUUGAAAACCUCAUGCAGCUGGUAGAGCACUACACCAAAGACGAAGAUGGCCUGUGCACAAGACUAAUCAAGCCAAAGGUUGAGGAAGGGGCAGUGGCGGCUCAAGAUGAAUUCUCAAGAAGUGGUUGGUCACUAAACAGAAGAGACCUUGCGCUACAGUCUGCUAUUGGAAAAGGAGAGUUUGGAGAUGUCAUGAUGGGAGACUACAGAGGAACUAAAGUUGCUGUAAAAUGCAUCAAAAACGAUGCAACAGCCCAAGCAUUUAUCGCAGAAGCCUCAGUCAUGACGCAACUACGACAUGAAAACCUGGUGCAGCUGUUGGGAGUGAUUGUAGAAGAAAAUGGCAGUCUGUUUAUUGUAACUGAGUUUAUGGCCAAGGGCUGUCUAGUUGAUUACUUGCGCUCCAGAGGUCGGACGGUGCUCGGUGGUGAUGCUCUCCUUCAUUUUGCACUAAAUGUCUGUGAGGCCAUGGCUUACCUAGAGGCCAACAACUUUGUCCAUCGGGACCUAGCAGCACGUAAUGUACUAGUAUCAGAUGACAAUAUUGCCAAAGUCAGCGAUUUUGGUCUGACUAAAGAGGCCUCGUCUACUCAGGACACUGCUAAACUACCCAUCAAGUGGACUGCUCCUGAAGCUCUCAGAGAAAAGAAAUUUUCCACUAAGUCGGAUGUUUGGAGCUUUGGCAUUUUGCUUUGGGAGAUAUAUUCUUUUGGCCGCGUACCCUACCCAAGAAUUCCAUUAAAGGAUGUAGUACCUCGAGUUGAAAAGGGAUACAAAAUGGACUGUCCGGAUGGCUGUCCUGAAAUGGUUUAUAAUGUAAUGAAACAGUGCUGGAACCUGGAUCCUGAUCUGCGACCAACCUUUAAGAAGUUAAAGGAGUGGCUUCAACAUGUAAUAAGAGAGACUGGGAAAAACUAAUGAAAAUGUGACAUUCCAUUUUAUUUUUACAUUUUGUAUUUUUUUAUACUAUUGUAUUUUUUUAGAUUGCAGACGAUUGUUUUCAUUAUCUGACCUCUCCAUUGGCUUGACGUUAUCAGAAAUUAUUAACAUGUCUCUCUUUGCUCUGUUUUCAAGAGUAAUAUGAUUUUCACUGUUCAGAUAUGUUGCAUAAAUUUGAUCUAAUUUGUUACAAGAGAAAUCUUUUUGUAAACAGAUUAAGGUACAUUUCCAUGUUGUAUAUUCCAUUAAUUAUUAAUUCACUUUAUUGCCAGAUGCAGCAGAAUUUAAAUAACUCGGCCUACUCCCAAACAGGAAAAGUUUGGUUUUUACUACUGAUGUAACUUUUUUUUUCUUUGAAAAUAAAUAAUAGCUAUUUUUAUAGCUUAAUUUAUGUUUAUGGAAAAUGUC